CGCCCGGAGUGGAAGCACCUCGACUCUGUUACUCGUGUUUCUUCUUCACCAGACUCAAUUUGCGUACGCAGCUGCUCCUAUGGAAGGCGAAUCGAGGAACAAGCUCAAACGUUCCUUCGUUGACGAAGGUGAUUCUAGUGAUCAACCUGCACAAAAGAGGGUAAGAUUCCCAAAGGGCAAGAAGACGAAACCCACAUACGAGGUAUUUCACAAGGGAGAUGCUGAAGCUGUCCCUAUAGACCCCAGGGAUCCGCGUCAUGCUGCAAAAGAGCGUGCCAAACGCCGUAAUCAGAUUACCACCGAGCUUUUUACCGAAGACGGUGAAGGCUUCCUGGAUGACGUCACAGCAGCAGAGGAGACUUAUGAGGAUGAUGGGAACCGUUCGGAAGAUGGCAUCCACAUAGAAGCUUUCAAUCUGAACAAAGAGAGAGAAGAAGGCUACUUCGAUGCUGAUGGGAACUUUGUAGAAUAUGCUAGAGAAAAAGAAAUCAAGGAUGCCUGGCUUGACAGCAUUGAGGCCAAUCCGAAGUAUAUGGGACGUUCUGCGGCAAAUGAUAGUGGGAAUGAUGAAGACAGUGGAAAUGAAAAUACAGUUGACGAGCUUUCUCAAGAAGAGAUUGGAACAAUGAAAAGGCGCAUUGCCAAUAUCCUUCAACCGGGAGAAACGGUUCUCCAAGCUUUGAGGAGGUUGAAAGGAAACUCAAAUAACCGGAAGGAGAAGAUGUCACCUGAAACUAAGCAUAUCUUUGAUCAGCUUACUGAGGAUGCUGACAAGCUGAUCCAGAAUGGUGAAUAUGAUGUUUAUCAUGAGAAACAAGACGUUUUUGAGCGUGAGGCAGAGGGAUAUGAGAAAUUAGCUGAAGCGAGGAGAAGAGGAACAUCUGCAAGUGUUAGUGAUGACAUGUUCUCUGAUGCAAAUGAUCUAAUUCCAGACAAUCCACUACACUCUGGACCCUCGGCAGGGCCUUCUGUUUCAAAUGGGGCAGCAGCUAUGAAUAACCCUAACAAUGACUCGUAUGACAUUUUUACCGAUGAUGGAAAUGGCUCUGCUAAUCCUUCCUCUAAUGGGAGUGGUUUACCCGCUGGCUCCAUAACGGCAUAUACAAACAUGACUUCUGAAGCUGGAGCUGAUGGAUCAGAUUAUGUGUAUGACGAGUCUUCAGGGUACUACUAUAGCAGCAGCUUGGGUUAUUACUACGACCCGAACACUGGACUGUACUGCUCAGCAGCAACCGGCAAAUGGUACAAGUAUGAUGAAGAGACAAAGGAAUACGAAGAGGUUAAUGAAAUGGCUGAUUCCGUAUAAAAAAAAGAAAAAGGGUCUAGGAGAUGGUCGUUUUUGGACAGUUUGUUUGAAGAUUAUUUGGUUUACGUGUUUGUGUUUUAUUCGUGUACCUUUUAAAUAUUGUUCCUAAUCAAUGUGUUUGUAGAAUUAAACUCUC